UCGAGGUGUUCAAACGCGCUACGCUCUGCACGCCCACGCCAUACGACCGCGCCCGAUGCCCAGAUUGUGGGACUGUUGUGAGCAGCUCGAGCGAUUUCAAACAAUAAUAAUUGUACGUUAAAUUGGGCUCAUCGUAAAACCGCACAGUUUGUGGGCGCGAGCGGAGCUGUGUCUGUGUGCGUCUGUGUGUGUGUUCCAGUGAUUGUGGGUGGUUGAUAGUGGGGUGUAACGCACCUGACGAGAACGAACAGCCGGUAUGCCUCAUUCGGUGAGGGCGGUUGCACAUCUCGAUACGGAAAAGUCACUCAAGUAGAAUUUAAUCGUAUUAUGUAGAAGCGUGACCGCGUAGAAACGGUAGGCUACGCGAGGAGUCCUCGUGUGUUCAGACACUCUCGGUCAACGGAGGCAAGGAGGUGAAAUUAAAAUGAAGAUUGAAUAAUAGCGGCCACCCAACGGUACCUGAAGGAGUGCUCCAGGAGUACAUAACACGGCGGUGAGGUCUGUGUGUGUGUGUGUGUGUGUCGCGGUACUUAGCCCAAACCGCGCAUACAAAAUACCCCGUUCCCGAGUGUCCGAAUGCACCGAGUGCAAGCCGUGCUGCAGCAGCGGUAGAUGUCACUCGAAAUCCGAGAGCUAUGUGAAAAGUGAAAAAUGCCGCGACCACAACUACAACCGUUCUUCACAGCUGUAGGAAGCGUUAUGCUACAGAUCGUUGCACUGCUGGCGCUAAUCUUGAUAGCGGCACGCAACCCCACCGUCCGCUGUCUUCACAUGGAGGUGGAACGAGUGAACCACUUGGUGUUAGAUAAUGCAAAGAUCGAUGAAAGGAAUUUGCAUAAUUUCCUCGAGGAACAUGAACAACUGCUGCUGUUUGGUGAUCGUACAACUGAUGAUUUCAAGAUAGUUAACGUGCGGCAAAGAAAACGUGAAAGCAGGUCAACUCCAGGCAGCGGAUUCCUGCAGUUCAACCUUAGCGACGGCCGCGAGGACAAUUUUGCUUUGCGAUUGCAAAAGUCAGAUAUUUUGAUAGAUGAAUCGUUUGCUUUCAUCGAAAGUUACGAUAAUUCCACUCAACUGUUGGAUGAUUCGUACGAUCGUGUGCUCAAGUAUCGGGAUUGUUUCUAUCGCAAUGAGCGUGCAGCGUUCGACCUGUGCGAGGGUAGCGUGCGCGGUCUGAUUCGAACAAACGAGUCGGAAAUUAUCAUACAUCCGUUACCGGAACGAUUCGGUACCGGGGCACAUGUCAUUCUGAACCGAAACAGAACCAUACAAAGUGAUGAAAGUGGCGAAACGAAAGUCAUGUUCGAACCGGACAUGAAUGAGCCAACCCGCCGGAGGCCAACCGUUCCUUUCUACGGUCAGAGUCAACAAUCACGGCUCAAACGGCACAUCAGCUCAAAUCACAACGCCAAGGUGCCGGACGUGCUGCACAUUGAGACGGCUAUCUUCAUCGAUAAGGAUCUGUAUAGGCACAUGUCGAAGAACUAUCCAAAAAACACCGAAGCACAUCUGAUACGCUUCGUGCUGGCAAUGAUCAAUGGUGUGCAGCUGCUUUACAACCAUCCAUCGCUUGGCCAUCCGAUCAACUUUAUCCUCAAACGGCUAGAAAUCCUGCACAACGAUCCGAAAGAUCUUCGACGUUCCAGUGACAUUGACAUCUAUCUGAACAGUUUCUGCGGCUGGCAGCGUAAAAUGAACCCCAUUUCUGACGCUGAUCCAGUACACUUUGACCAUGCGGUCAUACUUACGGGGCUAGAUCUGUUCGUCGUAAGCAAAAACGGUAAGGUAAGCAACCAGGUCGUAGGCCUAGCGCCGGUUGCCGGCAUGUGCACGAUCACUUCAAGCUGUACGAUCAAUGAGGGAAAACAUUUCGAGAGCGUUUUCGUUGUAUCGCACGAAAUUGGACACAACUUGGGAAUGCGACACGAUACGUCGGAAAACAACUGUGAUCCUAGCCUGUACAUUAUGUCACCGACAUUGGGUAGCGGUAAGAUCACUUGGUCAUCCUGUAGCCGUAAUUACCUGAACACGUUUCUAAAAACUUCUCAAGCUACCUGUCUGUUUGAUCGAGGACACUACGGAUCAUCGCUCGAUCACACUGGAGAAGGUCGGUUACCAGGCGAGCGUUUCGAUGCUGACCAGCAGUGUCUGUUGAAGUAUGGCAAAGACAGUACACGGUCCAAGUCCCAAGAUUUGGCCGACAUUUGCCGUGAUCUUCACUGUCAGCGUGAUCGUUACACGUGGACAUCGCACCCUGCACUAGAAGGAACAAACUGUGGAAAGCUAAUGUGGUGUCGAAGUGGAGUUUGUGUAUCCAAAAUUCCGGGCCUGGCGAUACAAUCUACUGGCAAACACAUCACCGCUUUCAAAACGAUCGAUAAGAAAACGUUCCUGGAGGGGUUGAAAUUUGCCAGCCUACGGCAGGACAUAUCGCGAACGUUAAAUACCAUACCAACGUGGGACUCAUGGAGCGAACCGACCGAGUGUGUUUCCGGCUGCCUAUACGGUGAGUCUGGUCGGCUGAAGGAAGGAAGCACUGGGUUAAGGCAGUUCACAAGAAAAUGUCUGGACAAACGUAAAAAUUGUUCCGGAUUUAGCCGCAAAUAUGAGACGUGUAUCGCCAAACAGUGUUACAACAUUGGACGGACAACGAUACUGGAGUUUUCCAAUCAAAUUUGUGGCCGCGCUAAAGAGUUCGAUUCGGAUAUUAUUGGGUACGGGUUGCAGAAGGUUGCCGAAGACCCGGAAGACUCGUGCAAAGUGUUCUGCGAAACAAAGGCGGGUGUGCCAAAGACCAAAAGUUGGAUCUACCCGGACGGUACCGCUUGCAAGGUACAGAACGGUGACUUUGACGAUGCAUACUACUGUGUAAGUGGACGAUGUGAAAAGUUUAGCUGCAAUAAUACCUCCCACAAUUACUACCGAAUCGAUGGAGCACUCUGCACGGAAGUGUACCAAUACACCGAACGGAGUGGCAACAGUAUUCACCAGGAAAAUGUUCGGGACUAUAAGAGCUUACCAUUGAACAAGAACACAUACCCAAUCGACCGCAGGGCGGAAAGUUCUACGAUACGAACAGCAUUAAGCAACUACACCGCACGAAAGCCUCCGCCAGAUACCGAAGGGUACAGCAGUCAGGCAGAAAAUACAUUCAACCGUUGGCGUGAGCGUUCGUCAUCGGAGCUCAACAGGUUGUCCGAGCUGCAAGGACGUAAGCAUAACUGGGAGGUGAAGUCAGGCUGUCACUUUAGCUGCAUGGAACGGGGCAAGGGAGUGCAAAUCGUGUCCUCGACAGCCGGGACCAACACCAACAUUCAGCUCUGCACCGCCAACACGAUUGCCUGUGAUAAGGUGUUAUCAACGUACGAAUUUGCAACGCAGCUAUGCAAGCGAUAUCAGCAGAAGGUGUCGGGAUUGUCGGGUAUUGGCAUGCAAAUAGCGCCCAGCAUUGAGGAUCCGGAUCGCAGCUGUCGGGUGGCGUGUCAGGAUACGUUCAUCAGGCAUCGCUUCUAUCUGGUGAAUGGAGAGCAAGGGCACUUUCCUUUCGGGACGCGAUGCAAUCACAAUGAGUCGAAUCGUUAUUGCAUCAAUGGCAAAUGUUUGCAUUUUGGCAGCGACGACAUACCGGUCAACGAGUCGUACAAUGCACUUCCUAAUGUUCGAAUUAAACGAUCCACAAACAGAACCAAACGGCAUUUCGAGUACUUUGCUCCGAUCAACGUGACCGAACGGUUAAGCCAAGAGUUUUUGGAAAAUUUGAUUGCCAACAUCGACUUUGGACGGACUACCAACGAAAAUAAUAUUGUUUUGGAGGAACAUAUUGACUUAAAAAAUCCAAUCUAUGUUGACCCGUGAAGUAAAUCAUCCACACAAAUCAACGUGAUAGUAAAAGCUGACCCGCGUCAAGCUUGCCGUGUUGCCGCCGGAAUGCAUGGAACUGUUUAUUUAUUAACGAAACUUUUGUAAUGUAAUUUAUUCCCCGAAAUAUACACCCAAAUAAAUCGUCUCCAUUAAUUACAAUUAAGGCAGUGCAUAUGUAGAUGU